AUGGACGUGUGUCCAUUCAUUCCAGUGAGAAACGCCACCAUGGACGACUGUAUUAAAUGUGCAGAAACCGUUGGACAAAAGCUGGCAGAAGAACUGCAAGUUCCAGUCUAUCUCUAUGGCGAGGCGGCCCGUACACCUAAGAGAAAGUUGCUGUCGACAAUCAGAGCCGGAGAAUACGAGGGACUGGCAGAUAAGAUUAAGGAUCCCGACUGGCAACCGGAUUUUGGCCCGGCCAAUUUCGUCAAAUCCUGGGGAGGUACAGUCAUCGGUGCCCGGAAGUAUUUGAUCGCUUUUAAUGUAAACCUGCUGAGUACAAAGGAACAGGCCCAUCGGAUAGCGCUCAAUGUUCGAGAACAGGGUCGCAAGGACCAGCCUGGACGGUUGAAGAAGGUACAAGGCAUAGGAUGGUACCUGAAGGAAUACAAUAUGGCGCAAGUCUCGUUGAAUCUACUGGACUAUGAAGUUACUCCGCUGCACGUAGUUUUUGAAGAGAUCAAGAAGGACGCCAAGGAACUGAAGCUGCCCGUGGUCGGUUCUCAGAUUGUCGGUCUUGUACCUUUGCAGUCUUUUCUUAUGACUGCCGAUUUCUAUAUCCAAAAAGAAGAACUCUUCAUCAUCGACGUAGACCAAAAGAUUAAUCUGGUUAGUGUUGAGUCUUUUCUUCCUUACUUAAUAUCGUACAUGCUUAGUGAUAGCAACACACCUCUUCUUGAUAUGACAGUAAAUUCAUUUAUAGACAAUGUUGGGAGCCGAUCUCCUGCACCUGGAGGAGGAUCUGUGGCUGCUCUCUGUGCUUCAUUGGGAGCUGCACUGGGCGCCAUGGUCGGGCAACUUACAUAUGGAAAACGUCAGUUUGCGGAGUUAGAUGACAAGAUGAGAAAGCUGAUACCGCCGUUGCAUGAGAAGAUGCUGGAAUUGAAAAAAUUCAUUGAUGCUGAUAGUAAAGCUUUUGAAACCUACAUGGCGGCACUCAAGAUGACAAAUGCGACAGAAGAAGAAAAAGCACAGAAAGAAAUAGCGAAGAAAAAUGCCAUGAUUAAUGCUGUGAAAGUCCCGUUGACAGUCGCCCAGCUUAUAUCUGAAUUGUGGUCGACACUUGAAGAAAUGGCCAAGUACGGAAAUAUCAACUGUAAAUCUGACAUUCAGACUGGAGUUCGUCUUUUGGAAGCAGCCACUUGGGGUGCUUAUUAUAACGUCAUGAUUAAUCUGAACAGUGUCAAGGAUGAACCACUCAAGUCAAAUUUUAUGGAUGACAUUAAUAAAUUCAAACAGCUUAUGGUAGCGAGCAGCUCCAAAAUCCUACAAAUUAUUGACGAGAGAGAAAGCUGA